UGCCUCCCACGCCCGGACCGCGCCCUCGCAGCCGCAGCAGCCGCCGACGGCGGCGGCGGCGCCGACGUGAUGGCGGUCGACCUCGACGGCCCCUCGGCUUCCGGCCUCCCGGGCGCGGAUCUGUCCGCCCUGCUUCCAGAUCCCAAGCCGGUGGACGCGGAGCGCCUCGGAUCUGAUCUCGAUCUGCAGUACCUCGGAGGGAAGCUGCGGGACGUCUGCAUAGCAGUGGACGAGCUCGGGCCGCAGGUGCGCGCGGUGUUGGCCGGCGGCGGCGGCGCGGACGGCGGCGGCGGGGCGGGGGUUGCGCUGCUGGGCGGCGGCGGCGGCGGCAGCGGCGGCGGGUCGGAGUUUGCGGCGGCGGUGGAUUCGCUGGAUUUGCUGAACCGCCAGAUCAAGGCGUACCUGGCGACGCUGUGA